UGACUCUUGCAAUUUUGCUGUUUCGAAACUGUUUCGAAAAUGCAAACAUUUAUCGUAAUCGAAUCGAAUCAAAUUCAGACAGCUUUAGCGGAUAUUUGAAGACUGCAUUGUCAUCAGGAGUCAAGUAAAAUUUUGUUAUUAAAUAUUAUAUAGUAAUGGCAAUUCAAGACGUCGAUGUUGAAAUGACUUCAGAAGAUGCAGAUAAUGCAGCUGAGAAAGAAAAGGCUCCCAAAGUUGACCUCGAAGCUUUAUCACUGGCUGAUAUAAAGGAGCACCUGGUUUUCAUAGAAAAAUCUGUCAACUCAAAAGAACCAAGAUUCAUUCUUAGAGUUGUAAGAGCUCUUGUGUCCAUCAGGAAGCGCUUAACACCAAAAAUUUUGCGUAAAGUUGUUACUCAUUUUUAUGUUCAUUCUUCUCAACAAAAAGAUGUAUUGCUUGCUUUCAUUGAUGAGCCUAUGGAUAUGGAUACAAAUGGUAACAAAGCACCAACCAGAAUAAAGAAUGCUAAAUCCAGUCUGCAGCCAUUAUUGCCUGAACAAGAUAUUUAUAUACAUCUCCUUGUUCUACUUCAUCUCAUUGAUGCAGAUCAAGCUCAGUCUGCUGUUAAUUGUGCCGAUCUAUUAAUGAAAAAAGUGUGUGCUCAACCUCAACGAACAGUAGAUCUGAUUGCAGCAAAAUGUUAUUUCUUCUUAUCCAGGAGUUAUGAACUCUCAGGCAGAUUAGCCGAUAUAAGAAGCUUUCUUCACAGCCGCCUUAGAAGUGCUGUUUUACGAAAUGACUAUGAAGGCCAGGCUGUUCUUCUGAAUUGUUUAUUACGCAAUUAUUUACACUAUAAUUUAUAUGAGCAAGCCUCUAAACUAGCAUCAAAAUCUGUAUUUCCAGAAAUGGCUUCUGAUAAUGAGUGGGCUAGGUUCUUAUACUACCUUGGUCGCAUAAAAGCUAUUCAAUUAGAUUAUUCUGAAGCCCAUAAAAAUUUACUACAAGCAAUCAGAAAAGCUCCAGAGACAUCUGCUGUUGGAUUCAGGCAAACAGUUUACAAAUUGGCAAUAACUGUAGAAUUAUUGCUUGGUGAUAUACCUGACAGGUCUUUGUUUCGCCAACCUCAAUUAAGAAAAUCCUUGGCACCUUAUUAUAAAUUAACUCAGGCUGUUAAAGCUGGGAACCUAAACAUGUUUAAUGAAGUUCUGGAGAGCUUAGGCCCUCAAUUCCAGAAGGAUCACACUUAUACUCUCAUUCUGAGGUUAAGACAUAAUGUAAUAAAAACGGGUAUUCGCAUGAUCAGCCUGUCAUAUUCUCGCAUCUCUUUGUCAGAGAUUGCACAAAAGUUGACGUUAGGAAGCUCUGAAGAUGUUGAAUUCAUUGUAGCUAAGGCCAUCCGUGAUGGUGUGAUUGAAGCUACCAUAAAUCAUGCGCAAGGCUAUAUGCAAUCUAAACAAACUGUGGAUGUUUACAGUACUGGUGAACCUUUAGCUGCCUUUCAUAAAAGGAUAAGUUUCUGCCUGGAUAUUCACAAUAAAUCUGUCAAGACUAUGAGAUUUCCUCCUAAAUCAUUUCAUAAAGAUCUUGAAACUGCAGAAAAAAAACCAACUAUUAUAAGGUGGAGAAAAAGAUUUUUUUACUGAAAGUGAUGGACUUUGUUUUUCAAGCUUGCAAUUGUUUUAAUUAGUUUCCUGUUUACUUGCAAUUUGUUUUUUAAAUUAAAUGUUCCAUAUUUUGUAAAUAAAGCUUUGUUAAAUAGCAUAGUCACAGUUUUGUUACUUUACUUGGCUUUGUUAUUUUUUCCCCUGUUCUUUUUAUGGAAACAAAUUUUUAUGCAUUAGUUAUGAAUUCGUAUUGUUUUAGAAUUCUCUUUAAAAAAAAACAACCUGUUUUUUAACCAUUAAUUUCUUUACUCAUUAGUGGUUAAUAAGUUAUUGUAACCUGCUAAUUGUUUGGUAUGGAAUUAAAGUAUUUUGAAAUAUUG